GUUUAUCCCUAGACAGUAUAAAAUGGUGUGACAAUAUGUUAAACCAGCCAUCCCCAGCCUAAAACAGAACAGGAAGCAGCAGUAGGUGGUGCAAGAGCCAUGGCGAGAGUGGGGCGCAUGAAGCUGGGCUCCCAGGGUCUGGAGGUCUCCGCCCAGGGCCUGGGUUGCAUGGGGAUGUCCGCCUUCUACGGACCCCCGAAGCCGGAACCCGACAUGAUCGCCCUCAUCCACCACGCCAUCUGCAGCGGCGUCACCUUCCUCGACACCUCCGACGUCUACGGCCCCUUCACCAACGAGGUUCUCCUCGGCAAGGCUCUGCAAGGCGGCAUGAGGGAGAAGGUGGAGCUGGCGACCAAGUUUGGUAUCAGUUUUUCUGAUGGGAAGAUGGAGAUACGUGGGGAUCCGGCGUAUGUGAGGGCCGCCUGUGAGGCGAGCUUGAAGAGGCUUGGCGUCGACUGCAUCGAUCUCUACUAUCAGCACCGAAUUGACACUCGGGUCCCCAUCGAGGUUACGAUGGGAGAACUCAAGAAACUAGUUGAAGAAGGAAAGAUAAAAUACAUUGGGUUGUCUGAAGCAUCUGCUUCAACAAUCAGGAGGGCACAUGCAGUUCAUCCAAUAACUGCUGUCCAGCUGGAGUGGUCUUUAUGGACGAGAGAUGCUGAAGAAGAUAUAAUUCCCACUUGCAGAGAACUUGGUAUUGGAAUUGUUGCAUAUAGUCCAUUAGGCAGGGGUUUCUUUUCUGCUGGACCGAAAAUGGCCGAAACUUUGUCAGACCAGGACUUCCGUAAGAGUGUGCCCAGAUUUCAACCUGGGAAUCUCGAGGAAAAUGCACUUAUAUUUGAGCGUGUAAAUGAAAUGGCUAAGAGGAAGGGAUGCACCCCUUCACAGCUUGCAUUGGCUUGGGUUCAUCACCAGGGAAGUGAUGUCUGUCCUAUACCAGGCACCACCAAGAUUGAGAACUUCAACCAGAAUAUUGGAGCACUGUCAGUGAAACUUACGCCUGAAGAAAUGGCUGAACUUGAGUCGUAUGCUUCAACAGAUGCUGUCAAGGGUGAUAGAUAUGCUUCUUCAAUGAGCACAUGGAGGGACUCUGAUACUCCUCCUUCAUGGAAAGCUGAAUGAUGGUUCUUUUGCAGCCUGCCUUCCUGUGCCUUGUUGCAGGUUGAUAGUAAUUAUCUAUGAAUUUUGAGAGUAUGGAAGGACUGUUGUGUCUAUGUUUGAGUUCACCAAUGUGCAUGAUUUGCAGUGAACGCUGGCUACUCUAAGCUUCUGUUUGUGGCUUGCCUAAAAUAAAAGCUGAGUUAAUCUCUUUUGGUAACAAUAAGACUCCUAGUGUGUUCAAUAAAAAUGUGUUAGUUGUUGCCACCAA